AUGCGAGGGGAAAGAGGUUUUUUUUUCAUUAAUUGUGUUUUUAUUAAUUCCAUGUUUCGAGUUUUCAAGUCAAGAAAGAAGAAAAAUCGAAUAGAAAAAAAGUCAAUGAACAUCCUUAAAUUGGCCACUUGGGAUUCGAAUGGUAGAUAAGGACAAAGAAGCCGAAAUUUCGAGCCAAAUGCAUUGUUUCAGAACGUCUUGCUAGCUUGAAGAAAAAAAUCAGAGGUUGUAGUUACUGCAGUUUUUGAAGAACAAAACUUCGAAUUUCAAUUUUUAAAAAGGGCUCUGCUAUUUUGUCGUUUUUUUUCAUUUGUCCGUUGCCAGCCGAUAAUUAUACCAAACUUGUGUAGUUUAUUUCCGAAAUUUUCAAAUUUUCUGUUCAUAUUUGAGAAAUUUUGGAGAAAAUGAUUCGAAAAUCUAGAAAAAAAGAUGUGUUUCUAUGGCUGUGUCGGAAACCCAUCAAAAUCCUCCAUUUUUCUCCAAAAAAGGGCAGAAUUCCUUUUGAAGUAGCACUUUUUGAGCUCCCGACCAGAAGGCGCGAAUUGAAGCUCUCAGCACAGAAAAAAAAAAGAAAAAAGACGGAACGUGUUCUUUACAAUGGCCCCAGGGCAACAUGUGUCGACAAGGCGUAAUUUCUUCGCGUUUUUCCCGCCGCAAAUCUCGUUUUUCACAUUUUUGUUUGUUUUUUUUCCAAACUAAUUAACAACAUAAAUAAAUCCUAAGGUAGCUCCUUAAAGUUUAGUGUCUUUCUACGGGCUUUCGAGAGUGUAGAGCUUCAGAUUUUAAGGUUCCUCAACACUAAAAACAAGUCUAUACACAGCUUGGAAUUUUGAAACUGUGGUCGCAUUUGGAAUGGCUCAAAGAAUCGAAAGUUGCUCUGCUGUUUUCUGAGAUGAUCAAGCGCAAACCGUUUUUGGUCGGACGCUAUUUGCAACUUAUUACAUAACCUUCAUAUUCCUCUAGCAUGAGCAAUUCACCUUCCUGUGCCUCUAAAAUGAGCAAUACACCUUCAUACACCUCUAUCAUGAGCAAUACUGCAGCCGACUCGUUCUCGUACCACCAUCAGUCCGUGUACGGACAGGAGCGACGGCCACUGUGCGACCAGCGGAUGACGUCAUACGGCGCCAACCCUCAGCCGUUACCGGUAGUUAUCAGCUAGAAUAAGCAAUAAUGAGACAUCUUCGGAUUUUUAGUCGCGCUUCGCCACCGGAUACCAGCCGUCGGGUUUCGCCAAUAGUAGGAACCCGCUGACCCUUGUUCCGAGGUUUAUUUUCAUGAUUUUUAUCCGUAAUAUAUUUAAUUUAAAUUCACUCGAUAAGUAUCUGAUACCAAGGGGUUUAAAGGAACAUUGACUAAUUUAACAAGGGUUUCAAAGCGAAGAGCCAUUCUUUUUUAGGCGACCUUAGCAAAGAUUUUUAGGCAGAGUAUCAAUUUUGCGAAUCUUUACUGAAACUAUAGGCCGAAAAGUAAGAAAAACACGUUUAAAAUUCGAAACCAAAGCACAAAUUCAUAGUUUUGAUGUCAAAGAGUGCACCUGUCUGUUUCGUAUCACUUUCUUUUUUUUUUCUCUAAUCCUCUUUUGAUUUCCUGCAGAAGGUUCGCUCCACCGAACACCCAGGAGGACGAGGAGGACUCCAUCAACUGCUCUCCCUGUUGCGACGAUCCAAACAUUAGGUUUUCCUCUUUCUUUUUUCCGCGUUUUGAAAGUUUUGUCAAAAAAAAAAUUUGAUUUUUUUGAUUUUUAGAAAAAUUUUCAAUGCGUUUAAUGCAUUAAGAAAGACCUGAAAUUUGAUUUUUCGAAAAUUUCCCAGUUUUCGAGAAUUUAAAGUAAAAAUUAGACAAUUUUCCAGUCUUUCUUUUCAUCUUGUUUUUAAAAAAAAUUUUUAAUCUUUUUCUUUUUAUUUGAGGGAGAUGUUUUCACGUAUUUUGUGCAUUAAAAAAAUAUCAGAAAGUUAAUUUUUUUGAAUCUUGAGAUUACAAUUGCAUUCUUAAAUAGGCCGAUUUUCGUUGAAAAAUUUUCUAAAAACUACAAAGUUUAUAAAAUUCGUCACCUUUUUUCGUUUAAAGAUUUAACCGCCAUUGCAUUUUCAUCGUUUACGGGAAUAAUUUUUAAAAAAAUUUAUAAAAUUAAUGGGCUUUUUUGAUCUUUUUCCGUCAAAAAGAAGACAUAAUUUAGGCCUCAAAUAUUUUUUCCUCUUUUUUUUUUACUUUUUUUGUUGUUGUUCUGGAGUUUUUUUAUCAUAGGGUCACAUGUUAGAAUGAUGUCUAAAACUGAUUUUUGCAUUUUUUGGGAAUAAAAAAAAUUCGAGUUUGAAAUGUAAAAAAAUUAUGAAGAAAAAAAUUUUUGUAUGAACUUAAAAAAAGGAACUUAAAACAUUAAUUUGACUAAAUUUUGCUAUCAAAUUUGAUUUUUAAACCAGAAAUCUAUUGAAAAAUCCUUGUAUUUUACGUCAGACCAUUAAUUUGCAUUAGAGUCCACUCUAAAGAACAAUCGUCUUUGAAAUGUUCUUUCGCUCCGUCUUUAUCAGCCUCUUUUAUCUUUCCAAAACUUCUUAACCGAUCCCUUUUUUUUCCUCCGUUUUAUAUUUCCUGUCGAAUUCUCGGAAAAUUGAUAUUCCUCGUUCUUUUUUUUCGUUUUUCUCUUGAUGGGUUUCAAAUACCAGUCCAUUGAGCCAUUCGUCUCCCCGCCGCCGCGAAAAAUGUUACAAGAAUUUUGGGAAAAUCAGUGAGUUUUUCAUGGUUUUUCCCGGUUUUUCAUCUUUUCUAAUGUUUGAAAGUUUUUUUAAUCACAGAAACUUAUGCUUAUCGUUUCUCAGUUUAACUCGUUUUUUCUCGUAAAGAUUGUAAUUUUUUCCUUUUUUCGCCGGUUUCGAAUGAAUUUUUAAUUAAGAAUAUUUUUUUGGGUUGGAUUUUUUUCUGACUUUUCCGUCUUGUUUAGAAUAAUUUCCAGUUCUUAGAUUACAAAUUUACUUAAAAUUCGCUCUCAAUUUUUAGACUUCCAAGUUUUCUUCACAAAUAUUUUUUUUUCCACUAGAAUUUUAUUUGAAGCUCAAAUACAAUUUCUAAUUUUUCAGUAAAUUUCUCGUCGAAGAUUCAUGAAGAAUGAAAAAUUGAUUAAAAAUGGAAAAAUGAGACUUCUGUUUCAAAAAUAUUAUCUGAACAAAUAAAGCCGCUUCUGUCAUUCUUCGCAUAUCUUUAUCUAACCAAGGAACGUUUUUUUUAAGCGCUCUCCUAGUAAAAUAGGCUAAUCUUGAGACGAAAGGCAAAAAUUCGAUUGGAACCGGGUUUUUCUUAUUUUAAAGUACCUAAUUUUUGAAAUCAAAAGCAAAAAAGUCGAUAUAAACUGAAUUAUUCUCAUUUUCAAAAUACCUGAUUUUCAGUAGAACUUUCCGAUCGUUGGUUCUCGGCCAAAUCCUCUCGUUAUGCCUUUGUGGAACCGGCGUUUCCAGUCAGAUUCUCAAAGAUCGAGGCGUAAACGCUCCAGCCGGUUGGUUUUUGCAAAAAAAAAAAGAGAAAAUGUUUAAAAAAGGACUGAUAUUAAGGAUGAGAAUAAGGGAAGGCUGAAAAUUGACAUGCAAAUGCUCUUUAAGUGCAAAAUUUAUUUUUUUCGUUUUGGAACUUGGACCUUGGUAGCGCCAACGGGACGUGAAUCGACUUGUCGGGGCAUUUCUAGUGACCACUUUAGUAGCCUCAGCACUCUUAAGUGAUCCCUAGAAUUGCCCAGAAACGUACGGAGUUCGGGUUACCAAUGUCCGAGAAGGCUUUUUUUACAUCUUUCUCGAGUUCCACCUCAUUUUCCUGCCUUGGAAAACGAAAAUUAGAGUUUUUUAAAGUAAUUUGAGCUCAUUUUCUUCUUUUUUUUAUAUUUCAUGAUUUUUCCUCUUCAGCACAGGCGUUCACCAACUACUUUCUGUUAUGUUUUGUCUAUUGUAUCGCGUUGGCCUGUAAAUCCGGCGAGGAAGGUCUUUCUUCUGUGCUCAGGAAACGCGGAUGGAGGUUUCUUUUUUCUUUGAAAAAUCCGAGUUUUUGAUUGAAAAGAUUGAUUUUUGAUUGAUAAGCACAAUAUUUGAAUGUCGAGCCAUUGCUCAAGCUCCGACCCUUAUAGAGCGAUAAACCAAUCAGAGAUCGGGCCAUCCACGGAGUGUUUUUCUAAUGACGCCAUUGUACUUGGCAGCCAAUAUCUGAACAGACUUCACUCUCCAGAGCUUUUCAAACAACUCUCAAGUGAUAUAACUUCACAGUUUCUCAAGUACCCUGAAAUGGCAACUUUAUUAGUUUUGAGACUUCAAUGAUAUCUGCUUUAAAAAAAACCUGAAGUGUUCAUUUUUUUUAAUGAAAAAAAUUGGAAUAUUCUUUAAAGGUAUUUUCUCCUCGCUUUCAUCGACGUGGAAGCCAACUACAUGAUUGUAUAUGCCUAUCAAUUCACCAAUUUAACCAGUAUACAGGUAAAUUGAAGAUAUCGUAAUCUGUUCCGAAAAAUUCAAUCUUUCAGUUGCUCGAUUGUGCGACAAUUCCGACAGUUUUGUUACUUUCCUGGCUAUUUUUAUCUGUUCGAUAUCUUUUAUCACAUAUUUUAGGUUGGGGUUUGUUAUGAUAGGACUUUUUAAAAGGUUUAUUUUAGGAGUUACGAUAUGUCUUAUUGGAAUCGCCUGUGUUAUUUGGGCAGACGCGCUUGGGGAUCAAAGCGGUUUUGGAGGUUUUUUUUUUGUUUGUGGAUAAAAGCUUUUCAACGAUGGGACAAAGGGUUUUUUAAUUGACGUUCAUUUAUUUUUUUAUUUUCGAUCUUUCUCCCCGGAAAGAAAUUGAAUUGAAAUUGAAAUUGAAAUCUCCAGAAAGUGUAGAAAUCUUGAUUCUAUAUACUUUGAAGGUUUUAAAAAAUUAGAAUAUUAGCAGACCAAAAAAAGAGGUUUGUGUGGUUUUUCUUAUUAAAUUCAGGCUUAGACUCUUUAUUUGACUUAAAGAUAAUUAUAAGAUUUGACAGGACUUUCUGAUUGAAAAAUGAAGAAAUAGAGAGAAAAGAACUUUUCAAAAAGUUGAUGACCAUUUUUUGAAAAAUCCGACUUGAAACUAUUCAAUGCACAAAGAAUUAUGAAUUCUAAAACCGUAAAAACCUUGAAAAUCGAGACUUUAUAAGUGUGACCAAAAUUGUUGAAGUUUGAGCGCGGCACCUCAAAGAAAAGGCGUGCUAUAAAGUGCGGGCGUUUACAAAAUGCGACCGCUUUUCGUGCUACUUUGAAAAUUAAAAGCUUGCUAAAAUUAUAGUUUCUAAAAAGUGAAGUUUUUAAAAAAAUAUGAUUGAAACUGUGAAGUGCGAGAAAAAAAAUAAUAAGUAGCGGAAUAUUCUCUCUUAAUAUUAUAUUAUUUCGGUAGAACUGAUUCACGUCUGGCUUGGACCAUCGAGAAAAGAAAUAGUUCUUGGUUGGUGGAGAGCGCAGAGACAGGCCACGCCCCUUCCCAAGUCAGUCGUGCUUAGGGACUACAGAGUGGUCUCUAUGGUGGUUAGGGGAGAAAACAGCCUUUAAAAAAAGUUCCUCACAGGGGAAAAUUUAUGUGGUCCCUGUAGGGGUUCAGGGAAGCUUUAGUGUCCCAUAGGGGAGGUUAACGCGGUCCCUAGAGGGACUAUUCGGCGUUCUUUUGUGAGUCGGCUAAAGUUUAUCAGAGUUUUUCGAAGAAAAAAAAAAUAUUUUCUCGAUAUUCAGGAGGGUCGAACAAAGUCCUCGGAGACGUCCUUUGCUUGGGAGCCGCGAUGUUGUACGCGGUCUGCAACGUCGCAGAAGAGUUCCUCGUCAAGCAGCACAGUCGAAUAGAGUAUCUGGGGAUGGUUGGCCUUUUCGGAUGCAUCGUCAGCGGCAUCCAGUUGUUCGUUUCCCAGAUGAUUUGUGCAGAGAUAAAAGCUUUUUUAGAUCUCUAACUUUUCUUUCCUAAAACUACUGUACUUGGAAGAUUUUUCUUCCAAUCUAACAUGUCUGCACUCUCUUUUCCCUAGCCAUAAUAUGAAAAAAUAAAUUAAGUAUAUCGUAUCAAAAACCACCAAGAAUCAUAAUGCAUCCGCAAAAAUGAGCGGAUUUUCACGCGAUCUCUGAAAAGCAAUUUUCGGACGUACGUGGCAAUAUUUUGGAGCGCGCUUGACCAAAAACGGUUUCCACUGUAUGAUUUUCUUUUUUCGAAAUUCUGAAAAAAAGCGUCGAUUGAACUUCUGACCGCGACUCUUCGAGCCAUUCUACCUGUAUUUUUCUUUUUCAGAGCCGUUUUAGAGCAAGAUAACUUGGCCAAAAUCAACUGGGACGGCGCCACGAUUGGAUAUUUCCUACUUUUUGGCGUUUCUAUGCGAGUUUUUCGAUUAUUUUCAGCUGACUUUCAAUCAAAAAUCAAUGAAAUUUUCGAUUUUCAGGUUCAUUUUCUAUUCAUUCGUGACGGUUGUCCUACAGCAAUCUUCAGCGUUGAUGUUCAAUUUGGCGACUCUGACUGCCGACUUUUAUUCCCUCCUUUUUGGGAUCUACCUUUUUGAUCAGAAAGUUUCAAAAAGGAUGAUUAUCAGGAAAAUCAGCGGUUUUUCAGUUUCAUUACCUUUACUUCUUCUCAUUUGUCAUCUGUAUCGUUGGCUCGGUGAUCUACUCUGUGAGGGAAACUCAGGUUUCGUUUUGAAAAGAGUCUUUGGGAAAAGUGAGUUUAACUGAGCUCACUGCAACUAGGUUCUCAUAAUUGUCUGAUGGAUGGUCAAUGGCGUUUGAUGGCAUGUUUCAAAAAAUUCAAACUUUUUUUUGGCUUAACUUUUUUACUUAUUCAGAAUGCAUAUAAUUCUUAAUUGAAGAUCGUUUUAAAGCUUGAAAUAAUCAAAUAUUGGCGCUGUGGAUUUUUUUGAAAAUAAAUUUUAGGUCAAACUCUCUCAUUUGCCCUGAAAUUAACUAUGUUAGGUUAAAUCAGUUUUUUUAUUGAAAUUUGAAAGAAUUUUGUUGAUGAAAAGUAGAAAAUUAGAGAUAGAAAGUUCAGUUUUUGAAACUCAGUGACGAUUUUCUGAAAAGUCAGUGUUCUUAUAUAAAGAAAUACGUACUUUCAAACCGGUAUGCUGUCAAUUUACCAUUUUAAAGCUCUGAAUGGUUGAUAAAAUAGCCAUUAAAAAUACCCUCUGAACGGACGACUUUUGCAGCAUGCCGUGAUCAUUUUUUUCCUUUUUCUCAUGUUCGAACUAAAUUCGCCAAAUCUAAAAUAACCGUCAGAAAGUGUACUUCGAACACAGCAUCACACAAUAAUAUAAUGAUUAUUUUUUUAGCAACGAGACCCGGAUGAGCCGCGGCGAGUCUGUCCCUGUCUUUUCAAGUGCUGCUGCUGUUGUCCUUGCUUUUUUGACGACGUAGAAAGUACGGAAGGAUCUUUGGAGGUAUAUAAACAGCCACCAUCGACAAAGAUUUUAUUCUUCUCCUUUCACUUAUUGAAAAAGCGAUAGAUUACUAAUUUUCAAUGGAAAUGCUUUUUUUUUGAAUAAAAAUGUCCUAGGUCUCCCCAAAUCCACAACUACAAAUGGGAAUCAAUGCAAACGGUUCUUCAAGUUGUCCUGUCCACGGAAGAUCUUCCAGAAACGCCAGUUUCACCCGAUUAUAG